AGAUAUACAAGACUGCAAAAUUGCAUCGUUGGGAGAAUCUUAGUGACGUAGACGACAUGAUCUGUGUCGCUGCCACAACCUUAUUUCAGCUAGUACCUACCGAUGACAUAAGGCUCCCAAAUACUGUGGCCUAUCUGUGCAGUUUCUUCCAUCUCAAUAACGUCUCAUGCACACUCUCUUACUCACACAAUUCAAAUUUACACGCCUCCAGUUUCUCGCAGUGUUCGGGUAUUCCCACGAUCUUAAAGGCGCCGUUUUAGACCGACAGUCAUGGCUGAAGCCCUUCCAGGUAUCACGGGUGCAAGUCUUUGUAACAAAUGUUCCGCCCUCCAAAUCAACGACCAGGAGCUUGGUGGUUAUGAGGCUAAGAACGAGUCUGGGGAAUAUCUCCUGCAAUUUUACGAUCAUCGAGACAAACAGUUAAGGCUCGACUAUUACCAUUCUGAUUUAUUGCCAGAUCUACUCUAUCUCAAGGCAUCCUCAGAAGCAGGCUGUACAUUCUGUGGUGCACUGCGCGAUGCAACACUGAAGCUUGCCCUGGAUAAGCCUGGUCAUGUCACAUUUAUGCUGCACUACGUCUGGGGCUACACAUACGCCUUCAGCGAAGGGCUAUACAUGCUUCGUGCCGACUUGACUGUCAACUUUGACGACGUCGACAGCACCGAUGAAUCCAAUCGCAGGGCACUAAUAUUUCUCGUGGAUGGCGAAGAAGGCGAUUGCAUGAGAUGGUUGCAGAUUAUGCAGGCUCCGCGAGAACAGACACUAUGCGUGGAGAACAUCGCUUGGAUCAAGGAAGAGCUAGCCUCUUGCAGUCUCAAAUGCUGUCCGACACCUACAUCCGCUUUCCUACCAACCCGACUUCUUGACUUGGGAACCAGUGACGCAGGGUAUAGAACUCGGCUUAUACAGACUUCUGAUGCACACCUACAGUUACCGGUACGUUACACAGCCCUGAGCUAUUGCUGGGGAACACAGGACGACGCGGCAUAUCAGCUUAAAACGACCUCUUCUACCCUGGAACAGCAUCUCGAUAACGUCUCGGUUGACGUUAUGACCUGUGUUAUUCAAGACGCAGUAAAAACAGCACGUGCCCUUUCAAUUCGUUACCUCUGGAUCGACGCCUUGUGUAUCAUCCAGGACGACGACAGAGACUGGAGAAAAGAGUCUGAACGAAUGGGACUAGUUUAUGAAAAUGCCUAUGUCACGAUCUGCGCAAUCUCAACUUCUUCGUGCCUCGACGGAUUUCUAACUCGUUCCCCUCCCAUUAGGAUCGCAUUCCAGUCUGCCUUGCGACCUGAAAUUCGCGGGAUAUACAACCUUCGUCCUCUGCCUCUGCUAAACAAGCCUCUUAAUGAUUUCGAUCCCUUAUCCUUGGACGUAGACUGUGGCGCAUGGGUGGACCGCGCUUGGACGUUUCAAGAACUCGAUCUCUCUACACGGUUACUCUCGUUCGGUUCCUCGCGCAUAUAUGUAUCAUGUAGGAAGCGCGACCGGAUAGAACCGAACCAUAAGAGAGAAACCACAUAUUUUCCACGCAUGUCUUCCUAUCUACAGAGUGAUAGACACAGCCAAAAUCUUAGACAAAUAUAUGACGACUGGAGCUUCAGUAUGCACGACUACGCGCAUCGCCAAACCACCGAUAGAAGAGAUAGAUUUCCUGCAAUUUCCGGCCUGGCAAAGAUGGUGGCUGCAGAGACUGGAGAUGAGUAUAUCGCUGGGCUUUGGGCAGGCGACCUUUUACGUGGACUACUAUGGAAAUCCUUAGACAAAAGUUGGGAUCAGGAGGCAAUCUUUUGCGGAUUCCCACUAGCGCCCUCUGAUGCUUAUAUAUGUCCUUCCUGGAGUUGGGCUAAGCACUACGCCAUUCAGUACGAACGCUUCACAACAGGCCAGAAUAAAUCUACGUCCACUGAAGGCGAACUUCGCUCCGAGUGCCGGUCUAUAAUACCCUGGUGCAUCCCUGAGGAUCGAGACCUGAAUCCUUACGGCCAAAUAACCGAUGCUGGACUACGAGUCGAAGGGAAACUUGUCAAAGUCAACCGAUUUUGUGACCGAAUACGCUUCUCACUUUGGGGCUACCAGCAGUGGAAAGCCAAGUUCAAUGCUUUUCGCUUUUCCAUCUGCGAUCUAGAUUGGUUGGUGGAGGAAGGAGUGCAACACUUCCAUCUCGAGGAAGUGCACAUGCUGCUCUUAGCAAGCAGUAUCGGAGGCAAUUGGGAGAAAUACGGACCGAUAUUGAGAACUUCCGCAGGCGACGUAUCAAAUGUGCCAUCGGGGCAAAUUUAUGAUAACGAGGACAACAAAGAACCUCUCGAAAUCCCUGAUGCUCCCAUGGACACUCAAAUGGAUGUGGAGAUGCAACUUGCGAGUGGAAGCUACGAGGACAACCAACCAUCAAUCAACUCACCACACGGGCGAUUCUCGGAGAAUUUAGAUUAUGACAGUGCGUCUGAGCAUGAGAAUGCAACGAAGAGAAACGCAUGGGGGCUUCUCAUCCGACGCUUAGAUAAACAAGAAAAGUUCGUUCGAAUAGGCCGCUUCCAGAUUUUGGCGGAGCUAGGAGGCGUAGAUGCCUUUGAAUUCUGCCCUUUCGAACUUGUUGAGAUAGUAUAGGCACU